AUGCGCCUUGAAGAACAGUUCAAGGUGCUUCUUAAAACCCCCUUAUCACAAGUGGGUCACAGUCCUUCCACCGAAGUCAUUAUCAUUGACGCCCUCGAUGAAUGUGUUGAUUUCUUUCAGGUGGGUACGGUCAUUGGUCUACUGGCCAGUCUGAAGAGGUUGGACGGCAUAAGACUUUAUUUCCUGAUUAGCAGCCCUAACGAGGACCGAAUACGCGCAGCGAUUGAACGUCAAGAGAAUGACACAAUAUCACUAGCCACCAAAUACCACGACGAUAAUGUCUCGGAUAACAAGUCCAUUCUGACUAUUAACUUCCAAAGAAUCAGGAAAGAAAAAAGAAUUGAGUCGACCUGGCCGACAGAAAAGCAGUUCCCAGUGGUACACCGGUCCAUCAACCCAUCCCCACUCUUCAUCUAUGCAACAACCCUUCUCCGGUUUUUGGGUGAUGGGACACGACUCGGAAUUCCAAAGAAACGCCUGAAAAGUUGA